UUUUGUGAAUGAGAAUCAAAUAUUCGAAUUCGUAACCUUCUAGCUGAUUGUGCUGCCCCACGGAGUUCAGUCUAUAAGCAUUUUCUUUCAAAUAAAAUUUGCAGGAAAAAGGAAGCUGGCGAUUGAAAAAAAUGCUAAAGCCUGAGGAGUUGAUCAUUGACAUUACACAAAUUAAGGAGUCUGCUGAGUGGCACCCCGAGUGUUGCAUCUACAAGGUCCCCAAGAGACUUCGUGAUGUAAAGAAAGAAGCCUACACUCCAAAGCUAAUUUCAAUAGGCCCUGUUCAUCGCGACAAUGAUGAACUAAAGGACAUGCAAACGCUAAAACUGAGAUAUUUCAAGGAGUUCUUUUCUCGGACUUGCAAAGGCCAGAAGGAAUUUGCAAGUAUUGUUGAAAAAAAUGAAGAUAUGAUCCGCAAUUGCUAUGCAGCUGAUAUCUCACUACCUGAAGGGGAAGAUUUCAAGAAAAUGUUUCUGCUGGCUUCUAUCUUUAUCAUUGAGCUCUUCUUGAGGACUUUUUCAACCAGAAAAGAUGAAAGUCGGUUCCGAAUCGUUCACAAGGAUUAUAUAUUAAGUAAACCAUGGCUAAAGGAUGGCAUAAGGCAAGACUUGAUAUUACUUGAGAAUCAGGUUCCAUUUUUUCUUCUUAACGACUUAUAUGACCAAAGCUUGUGUACCGCCAUUCAUAAAUCAUUUCUUACGCUUGCCUGUAAUUACUUUUUUCUCAGUGACAAGGAAUUAUCCAUUGAGAAUGAAGUAAAAAAUUUCACUGAUUUGCACAGAUAUUUCUACCAUCCACCAAACCAUGAAACUGGAGAUCCCCUUGAUCAUCUAUAUAGUGCAACAAAGUUGGACAUGGCAGGAUUAAUAUUCCAGAAGUGGGAACCUCAGAAUCUUGAGGAAAAAUCAUUAGAAGAAAAAAGAUGUUUACUAGACAUUAAAAUCCAUAAGUGGGAGCACAUGGAAAUUUGUCCAUGUAUCAAUUGCUCAUGGCUCAUGCUUUGUUUACCAUGCUUGGAAAAAUUUUCGUGCUUGGAGCGUAUGCAAACUCGCUUGGUAGUCCCACAGUUUGUGGUAGAUGACGGAACUGAAGACCUUUACCGAAACCUCAUGGCCUUGGAGCAGUGUCAUUAUCCAUCUGAAGCUUACAUAUGCAAUUAUAUCUUGUUAUUGGAUUUUCUUAUCAAUAGUAAAGAAGACGUGGAGUUACCUGUUGACGAAAGGAUUUUUGUUAACUCAUUAGGCAGCAAUGAAGCAGUUGCCAAUAUGGUUAACAAACUUGGCCAUGAAAUUGUGGAAACAAAUUCCUAUUACCAUGCUGCCGCAAAAGAUCUUAAUGGUCACUAUAAAAACUGUUGGAACCAUAACAUGGCAUCCUUGAAGACAGUAUAUUUCCGUAAUAUUUGGAGAGGCACAGCAACUGUUGUUGGGGUCAUAGUCCUGCUUAUAACUUUCUUAAAUUUCCUUAGGCCUUUUGUCUUGAAGAAUAUUUAAGUUUUUUCAUUGUGAUAUUAUCAUGUUCAAGGCAUUGCUAGUAGUUGUUUUCGAAAUUGUCAAUUUGUUUAGUUUGUGAUACUAUUUCCUUUCUAAAAAGUUCUAAUUUUCACUUCA